CCCCAAGCCGGUUAAGUUAUCAACAUUUGUUUACCUACUUCUUGAAAAUGGUAAAAAAUAUUUUUAUUAUUGAAAUUUAUCGAACAAAUCAGAUGAAAUUUGGAAUUACUAAUGAAGAUGUUGAUACAUGCAUUCUGCAUUGUCUUCUUGGUUUGUGCAAUCCAAAGCUGUACAACUGCGAUGUCAAGGUCGAGAUAUUACCUGUUGUCACGUGACAGAGCCAUCGUGCGACACCAAGAGAAAAUGGUGGCAAGAAGAUCCCGAAUGGUGGUACGACAAGAACAAAGAGUUCGGAUACUUCCAUUUUCGGAAAUCGAUGUGAGAUUUGUAGAACAAGACAUUCCAGUAACCGAUAGACAUAGCUGCCCUUCACUAUCCGAUUUUAUCAACAACACAUCCAUAAGAAUGUGCCCCAACAGUCUAAUUUUAGAUGUCGACGUAAACAGACUGCCAGUAGCGCUAUAUCAGGUACAAUGCAGAUGUUUACAUUGUCUUGGGCCAUGGAGUGACUACUCUAAGAGACGCUGUACACCGUUGUUCAAGUUUCUCAAUGUACUACGUGUUGUUAGAAGAAGUGCAGAGAAAAAUAUAUAUGCACAGGUGUGGGAACCGGUAUCGUAUGCAUGCACAUGCGCUGAAAGAAUUAAAGGACGAACUCGAUAUGUUACUCCGCCAUGAACACCAUAUGAAAUUAUACAGGGUUUUUGUAAUUUUACAUAUUUAAAAUAUGGCUGAUAUAUUCAUACAAACUAUCAUGAUAAUGUGAUAAUUUACACUGUUAGAUUUGAAUAUAUAAGCAAUUUGUUGAUGUUGUUUUGUUGUUUUUCUGUGAUCACCCUUUAUGCGAUUCUGUGAUAGAGACUUUGUAAUUUAAGCUUAUUUGUUAUAUCAUUCGUCAUUUUUACCUUUUGUUAUAUUACAUAUAAAGAGAACUGGAAAAUUCAUUUUGUAAAC